AUGUACGUCCUCGCGCGCCGCUUCCGCGACGCCGUCGCAGUCUUCUCCUCGCUGCCGCCGGGAGCCGCCGCGUACGCGCUCCCGUGGAACUGGCUCAUCCGCGGGCUCACAAUGGCGGGCGACUACCGCUCCGCGCUCCUCUUCUACCUUAAGAUGUGGGCGCACCCCUCCGCGCCGCUCCCGGACAGCCACACCUUCCCCUACGUCGUUAAGUCUUGCGCGGCGCUUGGGGCGAUCUCUCUCGGCCGCCUCGUGCACCGCACCGCGCGGGCGCUCGGGCUCGACGGCGACAUGUUCGUCGGGAGUGCGCUGAUCAAAAUGUACGCCAAUGGCGGCCUCCUCUGGGACGCGCGGCAGGUGUUCGACGGAAUGGCGGAGCGGGAUUGUGUCCUGUGGAAUGUGAUGAUGGACGGGUAUGUGAAAGCCGGAAAUGUGGCGGGUGCAGUGGAGCUGUUCUGUGACAUGAGGGAGAGUGGUUGCAAACUCAAUUUUGCAACCUUGGCAUGCUUUCUAUCUGUUUCUGCCACAGAGGGUGAUUUGUUCUCUGGGGUGCAGCUCCAUACACUUGCUGUGAAGUGUGGAUUAGAAUAUGAGGUGGCGGUGGCGAACACAUUGGUGUCUAUGUAUGCCAAAUGCAAAUGCCUGGAUGAUGCCUGGAAGUUGUUUGCCGUGAUGCCACAGGACGACUUGGUAACCUGGAAUGGGAUGAUAUCUGGUUGCGUGCAAAACGGGCUUAUUGAUGAGGCGUUGCUGUUGUUCCGUAAUAUGCAGAAGAGCGGAAUUCGACCAGAUCCAGUUACACUGGUGAGCUUGCUACCAGCUUUGACUGACUUGAAUGGUUUCAAGCAGGGGAAGGAGAUACAUGGUUACAUUGUUGGAAACUGUGUGCCCAUGGAUAUCUUCUUGGUUAGUGCUUUGGCGGAUAUCUAUUUUAAGAGCAGAGCUGUGAAGAUGGCCCAGAACGUGUAUGAUUCCGCUAAAGUCAUUGAUGUGGUUAUUGGCAGCACUGUGAUUUCUGGAUAUGUUCUAAAUGGGAUGAGUCAAGAGGCAGUGAAAAUGUUCCGAUAUUUGUUGGAACAGGGUAUCAAACCAAAUGCUGUUGUGAUUGCUAGCAUGUUGCCGGCCUGUGCUAGCAUGGCAGCCAUGAAGCUUGGUCAGGAGCUCCAUAGUUAUGCUCUAAAAAAUGCAUAUGAAGGAAGGUUUUAUGUGGAGAGUGCACUAAUGGACAUGUAUGCUAAGUGUGGUAGGCUUGACCUGAGCCAUUAUAUUUUCUCUAAGAUAUCUGCUAAGGACGAAGUGACAUGGAACUCAAUGAUUUCAAGCUUUGCACAAAAUGGGGAACCAGAAGAAGCUCUUAGCCUUUUCCGUGAAAUGUGUAUGAAAGGAGUAAAGUACAGUAGUGUGACAAUAUCUUCUGUGCUGUCAGCAUGUGCAAGCUUGCCAGCUAUAUAUUAUGGAAAGGAGAUCCAUGGUGUCAUCAUAAAGGGACCCAUAAGAGCAGACUUGUUUGCUGAGAGCGCUCUUAUAGAUAUGUAUGGAAAAUGUGGUAACUUAGAAUUGGCUCAUCGUGUUUUCGAGUCCAUGCCUGAGAAAAAUGAAGUAUCAUGGAAUAGCAUAAUUUCUUCCUAUGGGGCUUACGGCCUUGUCAAAGAGUCAGUAAGUUUACUACGCCAUAUGCAAGAGGAGGGAUUCAAGGCUGAUCAUGUAACGUUUCUCUCUUUGAUUUCUGCUUGUGCUCAUGCUGGACAAGUUCAAGAAGGAUUGCGGCUUUUCCGAUGCAUGACUCAGGAAUAUCAGAUUGCACCUCGAAUGGAACACUUUGCUUGCAUGGUUGAUUUAUAUAGUCGGGCUGGGAUGUUGGAUAAAGCUAUGCAAUUGAUUGUUGAAAUGCCUUUCAAAGCAGAUGCUGGUAUUUGGGGUGCUCUUCUCCAUGCUUGCCGUAUGCAUCGCAAUGUUGAGCUUGCAGAGAUUGCUUCACAAGAAUUAUUCAAGCUGGAUCCUCAUAAUUCUGGUUAUUAUGUCCUCAUGUCAAAUAUCAAUGCGGUUGCUGGACGAUGGGAUGGUGUGUCAAAAGUGAGAAGGUUAAUGAAUGAUACGAAAGUACAGAAGAUACCUGGUUACAGCUGGGUAGAUUUAAAUAACACCAGCCAUUUAUUUGUUGCAGCAGAUAAAAGCCACCCUGAAUCUGAAGACAUUUACAUGUCCUUGAAGAGUCUUCUUCUAGAAUUAAGAGAGGAAGGCUACAUUCCCAUGCCGGAUUUAUGUUGUCCCAUGCACAACAACAGCAUGCAGCAGGUUCAUCAAUGA